AUGUUAGAUUUAAGGCAAGCAAAUAUGGCUUCUCAAGUACUAACCCCAUUAGCCCUUGUCUUCUUUCUAUUCAUAGCCUUGUUUGAUGUUUCUAUUGGGGGUGUCAUAUCUAUUUACUGGGGACAGAAUGGAGCAGAGGGUAGUUUGGGUGAUACAUGUAAUAGUGGCAAUUAUGCCAUUGUGAACAUAGCUUUCCUAUCCACAUUUGGCAAUGGAAACACACCAAAGCUCAAUCUUGCUGGCCAUUGUGAUGCAUCCAAUAAUGGGUGCAGUUUCCUUAGCAAUCAGAUCAAAACAUGUCAGAAUCGAGGUGUCAAAGUGAUGCUUUCCCUCGGAGGAAAUGAAGGGAACCAUGAUCUUUCUUCAGCUGAUGAAGCCAGGAAAUUAGCAGAGUACUUAUGGAACAACUUUCUUGGGGGCCAAUCAAACACGCGCCCCUUAGGCGAUGCAAUUUUGGAUGGGAUUGACUUUGCUAUAGUGUCAGGCUCAACUCAGCACUGGGAUGAGCUUGUUAAGGCAAUAUCAGAGUAUAGCAAACAAAAGAAGAUAUAUCUAAGUGCAGCUCCACAGUGUCCCAUCCCAGACAAAUGGCUAGGUAGUGCUAUAGAAACUGGUCUAUUUGACUACAUUUGGGUCCAAUUCUAUAACAACCCUCCAUGCCAAUAUAAUAAUGGAAAUGUAGAUAAUCUCAAAAGCUAUUGGAAUAAGUGGAUAGGAACUAAAGCUGGUCAAGUUUUCUUGGGUUUGCCAGCUGCACCAGAGGCUGCUGGAAGUGGGUAUAUUCCACCUGAUGUGCUUAUUUCUCAAGUGCUACCAUUCAUUAAGAAUGGUUCUCCUAAGUAUGGGGGUGUUAUGCUUUGGUCUACGUUUUAUGAUAAAGGGUAUAGUGCAGCUAUUAAGACCAAUGUGUGA